CGCGGCUCAGUUCUCGCGCCUCCGCCUCCGCCGCGGCUCGUGGUCGUCCCGCCAUGGCACUGUCGCGGGGACUGCCUCGGGAACUGGCCGAGGCCGUGGCCGGGGGCCGGGUGCUGGUGGUGGGUGCGGGCGGCAUUGGUUGCGAGCUCCUCAAGAACCUCGUGCUCACCGGCUUCUCCCACAUCGACCUGAUUGAUCUGGAUACUAUCGAUGUCAGCAACCUCAACAGGCAGUUUUUGUUUCAAAAGAAACAUGUUGGAAGAUCAAAGGCCCAGGUUGCCAAAGAAAGUGUACUGCAGUUUUACCCAAAAGCUAAUAUCAUAGCCUACCAUGACAGCAUCAUGAACCCUGACUAUAAUGUGGAAUUUUUUCGACAAUUUAUAUUGGUUAUGAAUGCUUUAGAUAACAGAGCUGCCCGAAACCAUGUUAAUAGGAUGUGUCUGGCAGCUGAUGUACCUCUUAUUGAGAGUGGAACGGCUGGUUACCUUGGGCAAGUAACUACCAUCAAAAAGGGUGUAACUGAGUGUUAUGAAUGUCAUCCCAAACCUACCCAGAGAACUUUUCCUGGCUGUACAAUUCGUAACACACCUUCUGAACCUAUUCAUUGCAUCGUUUGGGCAAAGUAUUUGUUCAACCAGUUGUUUGGGGAAGAAGAUGCUGAUCAAGAAGUGUCCCCUGACAGAGCUGACCCUGAAGCUUCCUGGGAACCAAUGGAAGCUGAAGCCAGAGCCAGAGCAUCUAAUGAAGAUGGUGACAUUAAACGUAUUUCCACUAAGGAAUGGGCUAAAUCAACUGGAUAUGAUCCAGUUAAACUUUUUACCAAGCUUUUUAAAGAUGAUAUCCGGUAUCUGUUGACAAUGGACAAAUUAUGGCGGAAAAGGAAACCUCCAGUUCCGUUGGACUGGGCUGAAGUACAAAGUCAAGGAGAAGAAACCAAUGCAUCAGAUCAACAAAAUGAACCGCAGUUAGGUCUGAAAGACCAGCAGGUUCUAGAUGUAAAGAGCUAUGCAUGUCUUUUUUCCAAGAGCAUUGAGACUUUGAGAGUUAAUUUAGCAGAAAAAGGGGAUGGAGCUGAGCUCAUAUGGGACAAGGAUGACCCAUCUGCAAUGGACUUUGUCACCUCUGCUGCGAACCUCAGGAUGCAUAUUUUCAGUAUGAAUAUGAAGAGCAGAUUUGAUAUAAAAUCAAUGGCAGGUAACAUUAUUCCUGCUAUCGCCACCACUAAUGCAGUGAUUGCUGGGUUAAUAGUACUGGAAGGAUUGAAGAUUUUAUCAGGAAAAAUAGACCAAUGUAGAACAAUUUUUUUGAAUAAACAACCAAACCCAAGAAAGAAGCUUCUUGUGCCUUGUUCACUGGAUCGUCCUAACCCUAAUUGUUACGUAUGUGCCAGCAAGCCAGAGGUGACUGUUCGGCUGAACGUCCACAAAGUGACUGUUCUCACAUUACAGGAUAAGAUAGUGAAAGAAAAAUUUGCUAUGGUAGCACCAGAUGUCCAAAUUGAAGAUGGGAAAGGAACAAUCCUAAUAUCUUCAGAAGAAGGAGAGACAGAAGCUAAUAAUCACAAAAAGCUGUCAGAAUUUGGAAUUAGAAAUGGGAGCCGGCUUCAAGCAGAUGACUUCCUUCAGGACUACACUUUAUUGAUCAACAUCCUUCAUAGUGAGGACCUAGGGAAGGAUGUUGAAUUUGAAGUUGUUGGUGAUGCUCCAGAAAAAGUGGGGCCCAAACAAGCCGAAGAUGCUGCCAAGAGCAUAACCAAUGGCAGUGAUGAUGGAGCUCAACCUUCCACGUCCACUGCACAAGAGCAAGAUGAUGUGCUCAUAGUUGAUUCGGAUGAAGAAGGUCCUUCAAAUAAUGCCGACAUCAGUGAAGAAGAGAGAAGUCGCAAGAGGAAAUUAGAUGAAAAGGAGAAUAUCAGUGCAAAGAGGUCCCGCACAGAACAGACAGAAGAGCUCGAUGAUGUUAUAGCGUUAGAUUGAACAGAAAUGCCUCUAAACAGAAUCCUCUUACUGCAGUAGGUCAUCUGGGCAGAACCAGGUUAUUUGUUAUGUCCUUUGUUCCAAAGGGAAAAUUUGACACCAGUGACUUGAAGAUGAUUCUUCUCCCUUUGAAAGCAUUCAUUUUGCUAGAACAAUUAGAAACAUUGCGGUAUGCUGUAUUGAAAGUAGGAAUAUAGUUUUAAAGCCCUUUGAACAAAGUGUGUGCAUAACCAGUCAUCAGAUGAAACAACACAAUGCAUGUUGCCUUUUUAAUGUAAAUACCCUUAGGUAUCAUUUAACAGUUUUAAAAUAUUGUGGUUUAGUAAAGUUGAUACCUGGUUAUAAAUAUUACGCCUUUAUUUUUGGUUAGAAGAAGAAUUAUUUUUAGCCUAGAUCUAACCAUUUUCAUACUCUUAACUGACUGAAACAGAUUCAAAGAAGUAUCAAGUGCUAUGCAUUGAAAUGUGUUUUUAAAUGUUAACUGGCACUAUGUAUAUUAAUGUAAAACAAUGUUAAUUUACUCAAGUUUUCAGCUUGUACUGCCUGGUAUGUCUGUGUAAGAAGCCAAUUUUUGUGUAUUGUUACAGUUUCAGGUUAUUUAUAUUUGAUGUUUUGUAGAACUCAAAUACGACUAUACUGUACUUAUGGACCAAAUAAAUGGCAUCUGCAUACUUGUUAUACAUGCCUGCAAAGUUCACGUUUCUGCGGCCUUAACCGGUUUAUAUAUUACUGCAGGCAUGCUAAACUCUUUCCUUCUAAAGAGUUAACUCAUAGUGGAUAUGAAGGUUAAAUGAUCUCCACUGUUUGCCACAGAUAAGUACUUUCUAAAAUAAAACUUUUAAUGGCA